UGAAAGCAGCUGCGCUGAUGGUCCCGCGGCUGUUUCCCAUUUGAGUGAUGAAUCGAGCAGUUUCUGCUUUUUUUUUCUUAGCAGAAAGUGACGUGGUGCUCAGAGUGAAGCGUAUCUACGUGUGUUGGUUUAAAUAUAAAUUAGCUCUUAAAAAGGGGAAGAAAAAUAAGUUGGCCUCAUUUUCCCAAAAGCUGGGGGAUGUUUUUUUAGUAGGUUUAAUUCCUCUGUGUGUUUUAUUCCCAACAGGCUGAGCGUGAACGCGAAUGAAAAUGGACGAUAUCAGCAAACAGCAACAUUCAAUGGGCAGUGGGGCGCAGAGAAAUAACCAUUCCAGACCUUUUUUCUAUGUUCAGCCACCGUCUCAGCCUUAUUACCUCUACCAGCACAUGCAGCUCAACAACCCAUACAGUCAGUAUGGGUUACCUGGAGGUUUUAACUUUGGCCGUCCCUACAUGCCUCCUUACCCAUAUAUGCCCUACCCUGGCUUUGUUUUACCACACGCCCCUAUAUAUCCAAUGGAUUACAGACGAAUGUUUGAGCCUCGCUUCCACACACCCGCCUGGGGAGACAUGCCUCGUCAGCAGCAGCACCACCCACAGCCUCACGGGCGUCGAGAAAUGGCCUGCUCGGAGGCCCAAACUGACCCCAGUGAUGCUAUAUCGAAGCUCAUUGAGUGCUUGGAUAAGAUUCGAGCCAACGAGCUGCAGAGUGCUGACCGAGAGCUCGACUCUGGUGUUGUGUCUCAGUCCUCUAGUGUGUUCUCUCCAGGAGAGGAAAAGAAAAAGGAGCAGGAUCCCAGCCUGGCUUCAGCUCCUCACAGCAGUUGUUUGGGGCCCCCAGCUGUGGCCUACAGCGACUCGACUGCUAUGAUGUACAACAGUGAUUCCAGCCAGAUGAUUCUAGACCCCCUGAGCCCUCAGGGGUGCUGGUCAGGGGCACUGGAGGAGGAGCUGCCACUUGAUAGCUCCUCUGUCCACGAGGAGUGUCCUAAGCUUGAGCAAUCGGUAUCGGAGGAACACUUUGUCCCUCUGAAAGAGGAUGUCACAGGUAUCCAGUCAAAUAUCUCAGUGACAGACUCGAGUGUUCAAAGAUGUGAUGCUGAGGAGCCCUCGCAGUCACUCUCCUUUACCUCCAAUCAGCCAGCGCUUCAUGACUCUAAAAGCCGUAAUGAGGUCUCAAAGGGAGAUCUUUCAUCUUGUGAUGAAGACAAAGCUGACCAAAGCUGCCAGAUCCUCAAACUCCCCUUUAAUGAUGUUUUGACACCUGGAGCAGGCUGCCUUUCCUCCCCGACCGACCCCUACCACUACAACUACCUCCCCAUGCAGACGACACAAGAGCGCAUGAGCGUGCUCAGUCCGUCUUUGGACGAGCUCUCCUCCAGAGACGAAAUGUUUUCCACGGAUCUGGAUGACGUGGACCUAUUCCCCAAACAUGUGUACUCUGGCAGGAGGCUCGCUGAGGUCUUCGGAGGGUCCCCUCCGGCUACCGGUGACGUUGAGGAGGCGUGGAUGCCCGACUCUAAAGGUUUUAUGUGCGCUUGUUGUGGGAAAAGUCUGGCAAAAGGGACAAGCAGGAGCAAAGUUCACAGCUCUAAGAGGUACAUGGACGAAGGUGGAGAUUCGGAAGAAGACGGCAGAUACAGGCGAGGGUGUGAGCAGCCUCUCAGAGUGGUGGUCAGGAAGCACUCCUCACCGAGGAAGACUCACCCACUCCCACAGAGACAUGUUAAGACGUGGUGUAAGAAAAGCCCAUACAUGGAUCCCUCAGACCGCCCAGAGCAGGAGGAACACAUUGUUUGUAAGUCAGAGGCAGCCAAAGGUGAGACGGGACAUUUGAACGACGGUGAGCUGCAGUGUCGAACAUGUCAUGACGAAAAAGAUCUCACCUCGGAGGACAUGGGGAGGUGGGGAGAUGGAGAAGUGAUUCCCAGGAGACAAGCUGCAGCUCUACAGCGGCAAGAGUCGAGCACCAAGUGGAAGCUGAUGUACCACGGAUCAAGAGAGGAAAAGCAUGACGAUGAACAGCCAGCGCCUUACUGGGAAAGAGGCUCUGCAAUGAGAAAGGAACCGCAAUGUUGACGUCCCUCGACUGGUUUUUGGAAUAAAGCACAUUGAACUGUCCCCCCGAAGGGUAUAUGGAGGGAGCCACGUCAACAUUACUGCAUUCUUAUGGUCUGGGCCCUCGAGGUCCAAACCAGUCGCUUGGAUCUGAGCUGCCUCGGGGACCCCAUCAGGCAACUCAAGCAUCUUCAGGUCCGCCUCGACCUGAGGGGCAUCACCACAAGCCUUUCUUCUAUAUGCAGCCCUCUCAGCCUUUCCUGCCUGUGCAGAGUCUGCAGUGGCCUGUACCCAUGCCUGUGUCCUACAACCCAUACUAUGGUUACUCCAGUUUAGGUUAUGGCCUGCCUAUGAUGCACCACUAUCAGCAAAACCCAUACAUGGAGCCACCGGGCUUUAUCGUCCCCCACACUCACCUCCACUUGAUGGACUACAGACGCAUGCUCAACUCUCAGUAUUACCAGACCAUGGCCUAUCACAGCCGCAGGUUCCGCUACCAACAAAACUCUACGGGCAAAGAAAUGACCAACUCUGAGGUACAAACUGAGCCUCUUGCAGCAGCUCAGAGGCCCAGCUCCCAAAAUUCCAACGAGCCUUCUGAAAAUGUCUCCAGUAUCCCAACCUCUCGGCUGCUACCAACGGCCUUGGUUGUGCACGAUGAAGAGCAGCUUUCACAGCGCCAGGAAGUGGUGCACUCGUCCACCAAAGGUACUCCAUCAAAUGGCUUCCUGAUUGAAACGGAGGAAGUGAGGAUUCAGUGCUGUGCUACCCCGGUUGGACUGCAGCUGCUGCAUGCUCAUGAGGCUGCAGAGAUGUCCCAGAGCUUUUCCCAGGAUGUGGUCCAGUGUAGCUCCAUCCUUCAGAGCAGUGUCCUGCAAGACCAAAGGCUACAUUUUCCUGAACAGGACUGCACGGACGCUCUCCAAGUGUGUCCUGACAUUCUGUUGGUUGGGAAACCCAGUGCUGAUGAGAAGAUCCCUUCUCUGGAUCAGCCCAAGAACCAGGGAGACCCUGUGACGGCAGUUGUCAAUUUGAGUUCACAGGAGGCAGCCUUUGAUAAAGCUGAGAUGAAGAAUGAUGAUCAGAAUACGGCUUCUAAGAAUUUACACCUGAAAGUUGUUCACUUGCCUUUUGAUCCCAAGUUUCUGGAUGAACUGAGGAAGAUGGAGUCCACAGUCUGGUCAGUCGGCCAGACAUUACCACCUCCUCAAGUGGAGAGUCAGACUGGCACCAUCAACACUGUAAAUGAUGCACAAACUGCUGGAGCUGAAGUGACUGCACCAGAAAUGCUCAUAUUGAAAGAAGACGUCUCUACAAAAAUCAUUGCUGUGUCUGUCAUACCAACUCUGCCAGAAGUGGAAGACAUGGUCCCCACUGAGGAUCGUCCGGGGAAUGAGACGGCAUCAGAAGGUGUCUGUCCUUUGAAGGAUGGUCCUGUCUUAGGAGGGACUCGUUUGUCAGAGAUCACAUGCAUGGGAGAUGUGGCAGCUGAACCAAAUGUAUGUGAAAUAAAUGGCCAGGAUCAUCAGGACACUUCCUUUGAAUCGUUACCUGCCUACCUCCCAUCCACCAACUGGCUUUCAGAUUUUGAUAAUUUCUACUACUCCAGGAAGUUUCCAUCCGCACCCAAGAAGCAGAACCGACCUCAUGGCAGUCGCGGUUUAGAUAUACGCGGGAGAAGAAAACUAGACCUAGAAUACAGAGAACAACCUAAUGUUCACAAACAAAAGUUGGAUCGACAAAGUCUCUCUGACCAUGAGUGCUGCAUUAGCAGAAGCUUUAAUGAGAACUUAUUCAGUCCUUAUGUGUCAAAGACAGAUCGACUGUGCUCAAGAUGCCUGGCAAAACGCAGGAUUUGCACAUCUCCUAAUUCAGGACGAGACCCACGCAGCUUGAAAAGGAAAGCUGUCCCCUUCCAGCAGUGGAACGACACGCUCCUGCCGACAUGUGAAGCGUGUAAAUCUCACAGCAAGAGGCGGCAAACAGGAAAAGGCUCUAAUACAGAUCUUUGUGGUGCUUGCCAUGGACACGACACGGAAGGAGACUCCUCUGGGAACAGUUCAUGUUGCACAGGCCAAAAGUGGAGAGCACCUGACGAAUCAAAGAAGCUCACAGACCUGAAGAGGCCUCUAGCAUCCAAGCAAAAUCUGAACCAAUGUCCGACACCCACAUACCCAAAGCUGAGGGAAAAGAACUGUUUGUAUGAUGAGCCGCAUCACCAGCCUGUUGCACAGGAGAGGCUGCACCACUGUCCACACAGCAACACCCUCCAGGGAAUGGAUGAGAACUGUGUCAUCCCAGUAUCCCUCCACGACAAAUGGCGGAACAUGGACCAGACGUGUCUGACGCGCAGAUUGCAAACUGGAAAGUCAUGGAGGAACGUGAUGCCCAACAAUGACAUCUCCAAGAAUGAAUGUAGAUCACUUCACUUGAACAAGCACAAGAACUCACAACCACAAGCUCCAGGAACACUCACAAAAGACACACGAUGCUGAUUUGCACAUGAGCACAACUACAAAGUGAUGAUCACUUCUUUUAACGAAUGAACACUUUAUUUAAAUAUUUAACACCUAAUUUUAAUAUGUAACUAAGCACGAUGUUCACUAUUGUUUAAAUAAACAC